AUGGCUAAUCGCGCUGAGCUUUCUAGCAAUUGGCGGACCAGUAGACCCAUCUCUUCUUUACCGGACAACAAUAACAAGCGAAAUUCUGAGCAAACACACUCUUACAACACUAAAAUCGAGACUAUACGCGGCGAAAAUGAUCCAGAAACGUUCAAAGCCAUUGAGGAAGGAAGACGGCUAUAUGUGGGCAACUUACCCUCCAUGGCAAAACCCGAAGACAUCACCCAGUUUUUCUCGAACAAUAGGUAUCAAAUGUGGGUAUCUCAGUACUCAGCUUUAUAUCGUGAUGUGUUGAUACCAUUCAUAUUGAUCCGCAUUGCUGACCAAGGCGCCUCUAGAGAGCAUAUUAACAUGUCAAUCGAUCCAUACACUGGUAGAAACCCAUCAUAUUGCUUUGUGGAACUCGGAGACCGAGCACAAGCGUAUCGUGCGACGCAGGAGCUGAGUGGCCAAGACUUGCUAGGUCGACCGGUCAAACUUGGGCCUGGUAUUGCAAGAUCAACAGAAAGGAAAUCUAGAGGCAACAUGAGGAAUCAACAACAUCCCGAGGAACCUGUUUUUCAACGCUGGACUAGGACUGACGCGUCCAAUCAUUGGCAAGGUUACACUGAGGAGGGUCGUAGGCUUUGGGUGGGCGGACUUCCGCGGAUGGCAGGGCACGCUGCUGUUAAUGCCGGGAUUCGCGAGAUCUUUGACGGGUUCCACAUUGAGGCCGUCAGCAAGGUAAUUAUUCCAAAAGAGCCAGAAUUUGGCCAUGCGAAGGCGUAUAAUCAUCGCUACCUCUUCGUUGAUUUUGAGAGCGCCGAAGAGGCACGACAAGCCGCCAAAGCUAUCGAUGGGAGGUAUGCAUGGGGUGUUCAAAUCCGUGUACGAGUUGCACAGAUGAGCGACUCUCGCAAAGCUCAUGAGCGCGAAAAUUGGAACGACGAACCAAAUAAGUCAUAG